GGGAGGUGGAGAGCAGGUUGGGGCGUACCCAGGCCCUCGGUCAAGAUAGGGUUUCUUCACCUCAUGCUCAUGUAUAAUUCAGCCCAGGAGGCCAUGGAUUACCAGGAGAGAGCCACACAUACACAAAAAAGGAGGUGUCUGAAGUGACAGAGGACCCAAAGAGGCAGAGGAGAGGACAGAAGAAGAAAAGGGAAGAAAGAGGCUGGCAGAGAAUGCAGGAGGUGGUGAAGAAACGGCCGAUAAUCUCUGCUAGAGAAAGAGGCCCGGGCCCUGGACGCUACGCUCUGCCCCCUACAGUUGGAUACAUCAACCAUGACUUCACCAAGCCCAGCAGCCCGGCCUACUCCUUCCACAGCCGCUUGAGCAGUGCCAUGGUGUCCGUGGACUCCAGCCCAGGACCAAGGUACCACAUUGAUGCCAAGGUCACCCGGUUUGGUCGGAUGGAAACCCCCUCCUACUCCAUUUUGGGCAGAGCAAGGCGCACAGGGACUAAAGGUGAGCUGCAGCAGACUCCAGGGCCGGGGGCCUACAGCCCAGAGAAGGCUCCGCCUCUCAAUGCUCACCACAGACCACCAUCCUACACCAUCGGCAACCGCACCAGAUACCGCUCUGUGGAUGCUGUACCAGCACCCAACAGCUACUGUCUUCCUAAUCUGCUGGGCUGCCAGGUGCCUAACAAACCCUCCAGUGCCAGUUUCAGUUUCUCAGCCCGGAGGAAGGUUGGAGCUCCCACCGAAGACCUCUCCAUGAGUCCCGGACCGGCAAAAUACAACAGCAUCAACCCAGACAUUUACCGCCAGCGCCAGCCCUCAUUCUCCAUGCAGAGCCGGACUAAGAGGCCUAAUUAUUCCUCUGCUAUUCCUGGUCCCGGCACGUACAGCCCAGAGAAGUUUCAUUUGCACCUCCCCAAACCUCCUUCCUGCACAAUGGGCGUCAGACACUCUGAGUUUGUGACCCCACUUGUAGUGCAUGUAGUCGACUGACUGCUUCAAUACAAAUUUUUCACACAAAUGUGGAGCUGCCACACAAGGAUAAAAUAGAUAAAUGUGUCUUAAAAAAGGUCAAAACAGGUGAUAAACUGUUCAUAUAUAAACUGAUCAGACAGAUACAUUAUGGUUACAAUAUUAUCAGUUGCUCCAAAGACCAACACAAACCAAGAGAGACAAUAUUCAGUA